AUGCAGGAAGAAGAAACCAAUGGAGCAAUUGAUGGUCUCAAAAGGAAAGAAUCCAGUCACAGAAUUAGCAGAAGGCGAAGUGUAGAGCAGAUUAAGGGGAAGGAAAUAAUGCAAAAUUCAAAUUCUGGGAAAACAAAUAAAGAAACAACAUAUCAAGAAAAAUCUCAGCUGCAGUUAAAGCACUCAAAGCUAGCACAACAGUGGAGAGGGAAGAAGCAACAACAGCCUAAGCAAGUCAAUAACCCAAUAAAGGAAACAAUAGUCACUUUUGGCAAGGAAAUAUCUUCGGUAAUUACAGAAGGUGACAUGGAGAAAGAGAAAUCUUUUACAAGAUUGAAAAAGGGUGAUCAUUCGGGUAAAGACAAAAUAGUGCAGCAUGGAAAUCCUCCUGAUCAGAACAAUGAAACCAAUCCUCAAGCCAAAGAUUCAGAGAAUCCACCAUUGUCUAAGUCAGCUUCGAUACUAGAAAAAGAGGAUCAUGAACAAAAUCUUAUGAACACCAACCAGCACUCAGAAAUCCAAGAACUGCAGAUUGUAAAUGAACUCAAUCCCACUGAUCAAGAAUUAACGAAAAAUCAAGUCACAUAA